AGUAACGUUGUGUAGCCGGCUAGUAGAUUUUACAAGAAAAAUAAAAUGAUUAAUAGAAUGAGGGAAGUAAAGGAACGACACAUGGGAGAUCAGAGAAAGAUUGAGGUGAAGGAAAUUGGUAGAGAUUUGAAAGGAUAUGUUCGACAAUAUUGCGAGGUAUCCAGUAUACAAGGACUAUCUUAUAUGAUUAAUACAAAUACUCUGGUUGGAAGAAUCUGGUGGAUCAUCAUCUUUGCACUUGGAAUAGCUGGAUCUUGCUGGAUGGUUUAUGAAAUUCUGGAUAAAUGGACAACAACGCCUGUGCUGGUCUCAUUAGCUACAAAAGAGGACACGAUAAAUGGAAUACCCUUUCCUGCUGUGACCCUAUGCCCAGAAGCCAAGAUAUCGAGGACUUGCCUGAAUUAUACAGAUUUACUAAUAGCGAGAAGAAAUGGAAAAAUGAGAGGUUUUGAAUUUUCAGAGCACAUGUUCUACGAUUAUAUGGCGUCCAUUUGCCGUCCGGAGAAUCAUCAAAGCACCAUUUCCAUACUGACUUCCCACAGGACUAAUGGAACACAGUCUGAAGAAGAAGAAGAUGAUAAUGGACCUGAUUUGAGCGACUAUGGAGAAUUCUUUAGAGCCUGCAAAUCUGUUGAACUAAAGAAUGCCUACUGCUCAUGGAUGGGACAGUCUAAGAAUUGCAAAGAUAUUUUGACACCUAUAUUGACAGAUCAAGGUUUAUGUUAUUCUUUCAACAUGUACGACGUGAGAGACAUUUUCAGCGAGAUCAAUGAUAUGGAGUAUUACCCGGAAACAAGUAACAGACGUCAAGACUGGAAUCCUGAUAAAGGAUUCUCGGAUGGUUUGGACCUAGAAAAUAUGUAUCCUAGAAGAUCGUUUCUGAGUGGUGCUAAUAAUGCUCUUGUGGUGGUUAUUUUGACCGAUAAGGACGACCUAAAUUAUGCUUGCCAAGACUUCGCCCUUCAAGGCAUGAGGGUCACUCUGCAUACUGCCUCAAGAAUUCCACGACUUGGACAAAUAUUCUUCUCAGUGGGACUGGAUCGUCUGACAACAGUGUCCGUCACACCAUCAGUGACAGAAACUUCUAACCGAAUCAAGCAGUAUAGUCCUGAGAAGCGUGCCUGUUUUUUCGGAUACGAAAAAAAAUUGAAGUAUUUCAAAUAUUACUCUCAGUCGAGUUGCAAUUUUGAGUGCUGGACGAACUACACCAUAAGUAAAUGUGGAUGUGUUGCUUUCUAUAUGCCACGAGAUAAUAUGACGAAAGUUUGUAAUGUUAGGAAACGCUUUUGUCUUGAAAAUGCAAGGGUUAGUUACAAUGAGGAUAUCCUGAGACAACGAUUGAAUACCGGAACUAAAGUUGAAGGAAAUGCAACAACAGUUUGCAAUUGCUUACCAUUAUGUUCGGAUGUCACCUACAAUGCUGAAAUAGCCGCUAGCGAAUGGAAUUUCAAUGAUGAUGAUGAAGUGGAAUUCGAUGAUACAAGAGAAGAAAUGUCUAGGUACAGAGCUUCAGCAAUCAAAGUUUUCUUCAAAAAUAGAUACUUUUUGCCAAAUCAAAGGGAUGAACUUUAUGGAACUUCGGACAUGGUUUCUAAUAUAGGUGGAGCCUUAAGUCUCUUCACAGGCUUCGCUCUAGUUUCCCUAGCUGAAAUAAUUUACUUUUUAUCCAUAAAGUUAAUUGAUAACUACAGAAGAUACCAUCACUGGGCUGGUCCUAAAGUGAUAUUAGUCCAAGAAUGAAACUGAAUGGUGUUUCUUCUCUUGGUCAUCAUCAGGAUAUUCUGCUCAUGAUCAAUCAGUCAGG